GUUAGUUCGAGUCGCCAGAAUUAGGUAUCUCAAACAAAAUCAGUGGAUACACCAGUAUUUGUAGAUAUUUUAUCCUAAAUAAAUAAGUACGUUAUUUACUCCCCACAUUGUUUCAUAUUGCAGUUCAUGUUUGAUAUGGAGACUACGAGCAGUAUCAAUGCCACGAGUGAUCCUACAGUAUUUUUACCGGAUGGAGUCAUAAAAGGUCGUCGGAGAACAGAUAUCAAUGGUCGGGAAUUCCUCAGUUUUGAAGGAAUUCCAUAUGGCGAAUCUCCUAUAGGAGAAUUGAGGUUCAAGGAUCCUGUUCCUGUAAAACCAUGGCAUGGAGUUAAGAAUGGUACACAAAUCGGUCCGACAAGUCUUUGUAAACAACUAAGAAUUUCAUUGGAUCCCGAAACCAAUGAAGUUUCGAAAAAAUUUGUCCUAGAAGGAAGUGAGGAUUGCUUGAACUUGAAUGUUUAUACGCAACAGCUGAAAAAUUCAGAAAGGCAAAAAAAAGCUGUUAUGGUUUUUAUACAUGGAGGAGGUUAUACCAUGGGCCACACAAAAUAUUAUGGACCAGAGAGAUUAAUUACUCAAGACAUAGUUCUUGUUACCCUCCAUUACCGAUUAGGUGCAUUUGGUUUCCUUUCAAUGGAAGAUCGGGAGUUGGAAGUAGCUGGUAAUGCAGGUAUGAAGGAUAAAAUUUUAGCUCUUAAAUGGGUACAAAAAAAUAUAUCGUUAUUCAAUGGCGAUCCUAAUAAUGUCACAAUAUUUGGAAACAGUGCUGGUGCAUCUUCAGUUGCAUAUUUGACACUUUCUCCUUUAGGAAGAGGUCUUUUCCAUAAAGCAAUCAUUCAGAGUUCAUGUGCUUUGACCCAUGGUGCAAGGAGAUACGAAUGUAAUGCAAAAAAACUUGCCGAGGCACUUUCAUGCAAGGAAAUGAAAGAAAGUGAUACACUACGGUUUCUUCAGAGUCUACCGGCUGAAAAAAUAUAUGAGGGUCAAUCUAAAUUCAUUGAUAUUUCAUACCCAUGUUCCUUCAGAAUGUUCUGUCCCAUGAUAGAGUCCAAAACCAACAAGAAUCCGUUCUUGAACGAAGAACCCGUGGAAUUACUGAAAACGGGUAGAUACUACCACGUGCCCACUAUGAUAGGCUAUACAAAUAUGGAAAGUAUCUUAUUCAUGGACUUUGAUGAGGAGUGUCCAUUGAAUGUUAAAUGUUUCGAAGAAGACACACUUACCCCUGUAUGGUUUGGUUUCGAGAAGGGUAGUAGAGAAUUUCAAGAUGUUGCGAAGAAGAUAAGGAAAUUUUACUAUGGUGAUUCGAAGCCAGAAUACAUCAGUCUACCAACUGUCAAGAUGAAGUCCGACAUAGGAAUCAUAAGGGGUGUGUUAAAAACUGCCAAGUAUCUAGCAGAAACAUCGAAGGAGCCAACCUACCUUUAUAGGUACAGUGUUCCGAGUAAUCAUGGUGAAGAAUACUCAGCAAAAAAUCUGAAUGGUGCAAAACAUGGAGAUGAGUUGGCACAUCUUUUCCAAAUGGGAACUGAAUUAGAUGAAGCUUCACAACGAAUCUCGCAAAGACUGUUGAAGCUAUGGACAAACUUCGCCAAGUAUGGAAAUCCCACUAUUGAAAAAGAUGAAAUUGUUCCUGUUGAAUGGAAGCCGGUGACCAAAGACCACUUGUAUUAUCUAGAUAUUGGAGAAGAGCUGUCGUUACAAGAAAAUCCUGAAGCGGAUAGGAUGGUUUUUUGGGACAACCUGUAUCAGUCUCAUCCCAGAACGAAAGACUAUUGAUUAAAUACUUCAAUUUUCAAACUUCUCAUUGUUUUUAUUUCGGUUGUUCAUGUCUGUUUGAAAUAUUUAUUUCUGCUGGUUUUUAUAUCAAGAAAAUGUAAAAUACCUCAUAAUGUUCAAAUACAUUCAUUUCAACUAG